UCCUCUGCAUUCUCGGAUGAGUACGACCUAUACCCGAGAAUUAUUGAAGACGUCCAGCGUGCAAUCCGGCUGAAGACACGCCGGGAGGCGCGUCUCAAGGCGGCGCGGAUGUCCUCAAUACAAGGCGACACUCAGCUGAGGAGCGACAGAUCCACUUUUCCUGCACAUUCCUCACCGGUCAGGUCUCACCUUCAGAUGGCCCCGUCUCUUGCUCAUGUUGAGGACGUGAGCAAUGAUACCGAGGUUGAUUUCAGCCCCUCAAUCGGCACAAUGCCCCUUCAUCCUGUACCCUCUUCGUCUAACGGGGGUGCCACGCUCGAUUGGACAGGCUCAACAUCAGAGGAUGAGAAGGCGGAGAAGCGAUGGCCUUUACAUCUUCCCAAGAGGAAGCACAAGGACAGGUCCUCUCUGCCUUCGAGUCGGAAUGUCGUAGAGAAACAAGACACUAUAUAUGCGGGUAUGUUGCAUAAAUUGGCUCGGAUUAGAAGUAGCGUGCAAGGGCAUACAUUGCGCAAGGCGGAAAUCACUAGUGAUCAGCUUCAACGAAGAUAUCAUAUGCUACUGUCUCACCAGCCCUCCAUCAAUCUUCUCCAGGUUGCCCACUGGUAUAAGGAACAAGAGCCUGUAGUGAAAGCCUCACUCGAUAAGGCGGAACCGUUGACUUGGCUGAAACAUCUGGAGAAACACGGUCAUAGGUCGGCACGGUCACCAUGGCUCAUAUCUGCCCUUACUGUCGAAGAAUUCGCAAAGACGCACUCCAGUCAUCCGACGAUGGCCACGAUACCUGAGGACGCGAUACCUGAUUCCUCGCCAAAUACACGUCUAUAUCCUGAGACUAUAUCUCCUUCGAGUGGUUCUUUGUCGUGGAAUACGUCACCUCAGUUCCUGGAACCAUCGUUGACUCGACGGCGUUCAUACGAUGCCCAGGUUUCCUUCGAACCACAUCUUGAAUCCGGUAAGGAGUCCGUGGGCGAGGAAUCUCGGCCGAGCAGCGAAGGGUUUGCAAAGUACUGGCGUCACUCCCUGCCAGUAGGUACCGAAUCUGCCCCGAGCUCCAUUUAUAGCGGUAAACUCAAUCGCGAUGCUGGUUCCUCCUCGAAAAGCGGACACCACCAUCACCACCAUCACCUGCGAAAUCUUGCAAGGCGCCUGCGACGUCGCGCGUACGACAGUGAGGAUGGGCUUUCGUCUAGUCGCAACUCGUUAUCAGAGCACGAACGCAGUUUUUCCGAGGAUGGCAUUGUCAAGACGCCAGGGAAGAAAGCUAGGAGCCAACCUGCGAGCAUGCGAGCGAAAUCCCCGGAGACGAAUACCGAUGAUGACCGUGUUGUAUCUGAGCCCGAAUUGAGGCGCAGGCAGAGUAGUGAGAACAUCCUCACAGCUACUGCUGAAAGCUUCAAGCAAGAUGGAGGAGGGGCGGGCGAUGGUACUCCCAGACCUGACAUGUCGGUGGGACCAACCGGAGCACCUCCCAUACCCCCUUUACGUCGUCCUGUUCCGCGUCGUAGACACCGUACAUCUCUACCAUCUCGACGCGUUCCAUCGCCACCGGAAUCCCUUCAGCCUGACGUAGAUGAGGAGGAAGAACGUGCGGAAUAUGAGCGUAAAUUGCAGAUCCUCGACGAUACCACUGCUCAAAACCAUCGUAUACGGAAUCUACUCCAGCAGGUAGGAGCAAGCAUUCGAGACUACGAUGGCGUACAGUCCAGCAUCACCGAUGCGCUUGGGAUCUCGUAUCCGAAGAUACCAGCUGAUGUGCUUGAGGCUUUCUCCCACGACCCUUCGGCAGUCACCAGUACGACCCGCUAUACGUCAGGCUGGCGAGCCGUGGAAGAUAUCCACGAACGGGUCUGUCGGCAGCGCGAGACGCUGGGAGCGUUUGCUAUGACUAUGCUCUCUCAGCCUGAAGAUGCAAACACGUCACCGCAGAAUGUUUUCGAUGAUCCAAUCGCAUCUUUGAAGGAGUCAUUGAUGGAUCUUGAAUGGCACCAGCAGCGCAUCGCAACUCAAGCUGACAACGUCGCGGAGACGCUCGCAAGGGUAAAGGAGGUUCAUCGCACGGUCAAGAAAGACUACAAUGAUACCUUGGCUCACACCUCGCUCAUCUACCCGGAGCUCUCGCAAAUCGUGGCGUUGGAGGAGAGCUACCGCAAUCAUUACCAGCAAUUCUGGGAUUUGGGUCUCGACGCGCUCACCCUGCUUCUAGAUACCGUGACGCCGUUUUGGCGGAACUAUGGGAAGGUGAUAGGGGAAGACAUCCAGGAUUUUCUCAUCAUCCCAUGGUACCGAAACGAGUUUACGGGGGAAGCCAAGCGGUAUCCUGUUACCCAAUUCCCUAGGCGAUCCCUGCGACACUGGCUGGGUCUCAGCUGUCUCUCUCUUCUCAGUCUGUGCACUACGGUUCUGCAGCUUCGUGCUGCUGUUGAGCUGACGCUCAAUUGGGACCUGCCAUGGAUUACACACACUGGACUUUGGUGGAUCGUCUUCCCUAUCUAUAGUAUUAGUCUUUUGAUUCAGUGGUGUGCGGUGCUGGUAGAGCUGUGCAUCGUUUUUGCGCAGCUAGGAGUUGGGGUUUGGUGGUUGGGCUGGGCUGUAAAUAUUCUCACUUAGGGUCUCAGGUCGUCAUCACGUUCGCUGUCGUGCAUACUAUUGUUAUUAUCGGAUCUAUACAUACAAAUCUUGUAACACAUACAUAUACACGCGCAUAUAAUCGAGAUCCAUCGAAUGCAGC